AUCAUGCCUGGCGGCGGGACUGCCCACUCGAGGUUCAAAAUCCCACUGAGUUGCGAUGAUGGAGCCUCGUGCAGCUUCACCAAGCAGAGUGGGACCGCCAAGCUGCUAAGGAUGGCCUCAUUGAUACUAUGGGACGAGGCCAGCAUGACUAAGCGACAAGCGGUUGAGGCAUUAGACAAUAGCAUGCGCGACAUCAUGGGAAUACGCGACCGACCCUUUGGAGGAAAGACUAUUUUUUUGGCGAGGACUUUAGGCAGGUGCUUCCGGUCGUCAGAAGGGGGUCACGGGGCCAGAUAAUUGAUGCAAGCCUCCAAAGUUCUCAUCUAUGGAAGAGUAUGCGGCAGCUUCGGCUCAUCACCAACAUGAGGGCUCAUAAUGACACGUGGUUUGCAGAUUACUUGCUCAGGGUCGGUAAUGGCACAGAGGAAGCCGACGAUCAAGGCAACAUACUACUCCCUGAUGAUAUCUGUCUGCCAUCUACAGGCGAGGUUGACGACCUGGAGAAGCUGAUUGACCACGUGUUUCCGAGUCUAGAUGACAACAUGGCAGAUUCGAGUUACAUGACAUCUCGCGCAAUCCUUUCCACGACAAAUGACAACGUCGACAAGAUAAACAUCCGCAUGAUAGAGCGUUUCCACGGAGAUGAAGUAAUCUACCAUAGCUUUGACAGUGCGGAGGAUGACCCAUAUGGCUACUACGCUCCUGAGUUUCUGAACGGAUUGACUCCCAAUGGUCUUCCUCCGCAUGCACUCAAACUAAAGCUGAAUUGCCCGGUGAUACUUCUAAGAAACAUUGAUCCAGCUAAUGGGCUGUGUAACGGGACUAGGCUUGUCGUUAGAGGUUUUGAGAGGAACACCAUUGAUGCAGAAAUCGUGAUUGGACAACACGCUGGUAGGAGGGUCUUCCUUCCUCGAAUACCUCUGUGCCCAUCUGACAACGACAUGUUUCCAUUCAAGUUUAAGAGGAAGCAAUUUCCUAUUAGGCUUAGUUUUGCUAUGACGAUUAACAAGGCUCAAGGGCAGACCAUCCCAAUUGUUGGUGUGUAUCUACCUAAUCCGGUGUUCUCUCAUGGUCAACUCUAUGUUGCUUUGUCUCGAGCCACCGCGAAGAGAAACAUAAAAAUACUCAUUCAGAAGGAGAAGCCAAAGGAGAAGUCCAACAAGCAACAUAACAAUCCGAAGAAGCGUAAAAGACCGACCGUGUCCUUGCUGACCUCAAUGAAGAACAUCGUCUACAAGGAAGUACUUACAGGCUGAAGUAUGGUCUUAAUAGACCUGCUGGAUUUAUAGAUGCAAUUUACUCUUCCGAUGGUCAAGAAUUGCUGUAAUCUGUUCUAUGACAUAUCUUUUCAUUUGGUAUCUUGGUUGUUGGAGCUAUACACCAAUCAGUUCAAGUAAUAACUGCAUUUCAAUAAAUUUAUACUGUGUUAUGUGUAAUCUGACAAUGUACAUGUCACACAGCGUACUGUGUUAUGUGUAAUAUGAGAAUCAGAAAUAAUGAUUGGCUUCA